AUCACAGACGCCUCAGCUCCGGAGCGUCACGCUCCUCUGCACGGGAGACCGUGGCGGCUGCUCGGCUCGCUGUGGUUUUUAGGGAUUUCUUUUAAAGUGUCAGCAGCUGAGGAACAUGUUUCAUUCACGUCGGAUGUAAACAAGUGAUUGUAAAUAUGGCUGAGAGCGUCGGGUGUAGUUUAGGAGCGCCUAAUUUGUUGACUAGAAAGUACUGGUUGUUCUAAUCUGGACGACGCGAACACGAAGUAAAAAGAAAAACAACAGUUACUUCGACAAAAAAAAAAAAGAUUCGGCUUGUUUUAGCUGUCAUUCGAGGUCUGUUUCUCUCGGUAGACGGUUAAUACUCCUGAUAUGGACCGAGGAGGCUGUCAGAUGAGCGGCGGCGGAGGAGGAGGAGGCGGCGGCGGCGGCGCCAUCGACCAACACGGGAUGAUCACCCUGGAGGACCUGGAGUCCUUCUCCGAGGACCAGCUGUCAGAUUCGGGCAACGGCAGCUUGGAAGAGGAGGGAGAAACUAUGGAGGCAGAGGACGGUUCAGACCGACUGCUACAUUACUGGCAGGAAGUGGCGAGAGGCCACCAAGUCGAAGUUUCUGCAGAUAUGGCAGAACCAAUUCAGCAACUAAGUAGCGACAACCAAGGACGUAGUCAAAGAGAGCACAUCCCAUUCACCCUCCUACUGCGAAAAGAGAAGUGUGGGGAGCAGCUCUAUGAGAAACGGCACUAUGAAAAGGGCCACUGGGCUUGCAUAACUAUGCGUGAGGACACAUACGAACAGAGCAUCUGCUACGGUUUCAUGAGAAUAAUGAGAUACAUCUGUCAGCAGAACUCCUUAGGAGACUACCUUGGAAUGACGUUGCCCAUCGUGACAAUAGUGCGGACAGAUGAGAACCACUCCGUGAUCUCCCAGGAUGUGACUGUGGCGUACUACCUUCCUAUUGAGCAUCAGGCCCAGCCGCCACAGCCGUAUGAUGGCGAGAUUGUCAUCGAAGUCUGGCCAGCCGCUACCGUCUACACAAGGGGGUUUACUGGUCCCACCAACGAAGUGACCAUCAUCAACCAGAUCAACACCAUGGCGGAGCUGCUGGACUCCCCUGGCGUGUGCGUCAACAACUCGUUCAUCGUGGCCGGCUACACCAACCCGGCUCACAGCAACCGUGAGAAUGAAAUCUGGUUCCUGGAGCGACGCUGACCAGACAGAACCAUCCUACCUAUGACCCUCAAGCCUCAUGAACUCUUGACACUGCCCCAACUAGCUCAGCUACAGUCUCAGGUUCCAGACCGUUUCAAGUCACCAUCCUUCCCCUGAAACAACCACCAGCCUAGCAUACUACAAAACCGAUAGGUUUUGAGUUUAAAACUACAAAAGAGAGAAAAAAUCAUUCCCUUUCCUUCGUUUUAGAUCGAUCUUUAUUUCACCUGAUUUUAACCACUGCCAUACACCCAUUAACACGAACCAAUGCUAAACGAAGCAGUUUGUUCUCCUUCUAGCUGGAUAUAAUAAACCUUUCCUCACAGCGCCCCCUUUGGUAAAGUGUGAUAGUUUCAUCUGUUAGCGCUUUGUGAUCCACUGAGGUUAGGUCAGUCAAUCUACGGGAAGCAGCUCCCAGUGGUCGCACAGUUUGUUGCGUAGCCAUAAUAACGUUCAUUCAUGUUGAGGACAGCGCUGUUCCUCUGGAAUAAAAUAAAACACAUCUUACAGGUGAACGGGAUGCUAAACACACUGCAUACUUUCCCUCAGCAGUGAGUGCAAUAUUUCCUAGAUGACUUAAAAGCAACAAGUUGGUUUCUGUAGGCUGGGGAGUGUGAAGCAAGCUCAAGGCCCUGAUCAGAUCAGAUCCAGGAGACUUUAUCCGGACCGAAGCCAGUGGCCUAAGCUGUAUUUAAGCUAAGCACAGAAAGAAGGUGAAGUGUUUGUAAAUGAAUGUAGAGCUCCAGGGCAUCACACUUCAACAAACCAAAUGCCAACAGAUCUGCUAAAUGACAAUCAAAACCAGCACCGGAUUCUGUACAGUGUGUUUCAGCUAGUGAUCCAAGAUUAAGGCAUUCCUCCGGCUCCAAGACUUGUUUACACACAAACUCAAGUAUUUCUAAGUACCUGUUGUCUAUUUCUGCUGGCCACUCUGUGUCGGUGUUAGAGUUCGCUAGUGCAUCGCAAACACUGCUGCUGCUAAAUAGAUGAUUAAGCCACAAAAAUCCUGAGUAUAUUUGCUGUAAUUAGAAAAGCUGAUUUUAAUGUUUUUAAGCUGACGAUGUUUCUGAUGUUCUGUCUCCAUUAAAGAAAGCGUUUGUUUCUGCAGGGUGUCGAAAUCAAACUGGAUGUAGACCUGAUAAAUGAUCACUGUGUGAUGGUUUUUCUCCAGAAUGGAGCUGUUUAUAGCUGCGUUUCCAUUAACCACAUGCAGGGUUUCCCCUAGAAAAUCUAUGCUGAUUUGCAUAUUGGAAACAUACCAGUUUUGGGAAAAAAAUUUUUGGUGCUAGAAUGAUGUGGUAUUUUGGCCAAAUCGAAAUUGGUUUAUUUCACAAAACUGCAAUGGAAAUAUAUUUUUUUGCAUCACACAAGUUAUAACCGGAUGUCGCUACUGGCGCAGACUAUGAAGAGGAAGAUGACAGGAAGAAGCUAGUGGAUGAUGGUGCGAAAAGAUUUUAUUUCCAUUUCUUAUUUAAUAGAAUCACUGCAAUUGCAAAAUUGUGUUUUUUCAACAUUAGUGGAAACGCAGCUGUUGAAAUUCUGCUGAAAACUGUUUUAAUUUCUGAAAAAGAAAGAUUAAGGACUAAGUUUGCUCGUUUAAUGACACGUAGGGCUGUACGAUAUUAGAAAACCAUGACAGUGAGGUAUUAUUGUGGAAUAUUUCAGUGACGCUACCCUCUUUAAUCACAACUCACCCUGAGCUUCAACUCUGAAAGCUGCUGUGUAUUAAAUGGAGGCAUUAAAGACAUAAUGUUCAUCCAACUGGCAAAACACAUUAUUGGCCAGCAGAGUUUAAGCGCCUGUUGUAGUCUGUCCUGCAAUUUAAUACAAUGUACAGUUCUAAUAAAAUGCAUCAAAAGUUGUACAAAAAUGACAUUUUGUGUUAGUGUGAAGUUGAGACUGUAGAGCAACUACAUCCAAAGAAUUCAUUUAAAUCAAAUGACAGUAGCAUUAAUGUGCAUAAAAGCCAUUGAAUAUGCAGAUUUUUCCCCCCUUUGAGGGUUUAGUUAUUGCUCUGUUUUCAUGCUUCUUUUUUCUUUAGUGUUUUGCAACGGGGUGAUAAUAUGUACUGUGAAAGUUCAAAUGCAACAAAUGAGUGCUACUGUGUUCUGUUUGUUCAAUAAAAUGUGCUGGUGUCCCGUC